AUGAGUCAAGACAUAACCGAAUUGAAAGCCUUUAAGGAAGAAGUAAAUUCUAACUUGCAAAACCAAGGAGCUGCCAUCCAGAAGCUAGAAAAUCAAAUUGGGUAUUUGUCUAAGCAAACCCCUGGGCCUAGCGUUUCUCAUGCUGCCAAGGCUAUUACAAGGGAAGAAUGUAAGGCCAUAACCCUCAGAAGUGGAAAGAAGCUAAAGGAGAUCUCAAGGGAAACCACAGUGGAUGAAGCAAAGGAAAAUGUGGGAGACAAGGAACAGGGACAAUCUUUUACACCGUCUGCAACAAAAGAAAAAGAAAAAGAGGUCCUGAAGCCUUAUACACCCAAAGCACCAUAUCCUCAACGUUUAAUGAAAAGUGAAAAGGAUAGCCAAUUCUCCAGAUUCUUGGAGAUUUUUAAGAAGCUUCAAAUCAACAUUCCGUUUGCUGAGGCAAUGAGCUAUCCAUCAGAAUCACUAAAGGAAUGCAUGAGGGUGGAUGUAGUGGACAUUGUAGUACAAGAAACCUUUGAGGAAACAACAAAGGAAGUGGCAGAGGAGGAGUUCACCAAGGAUAUUGAAGUUAGUGACAUCAAGGCUGCUGAAACAACCAUGCCAAGCAUGCCAGAGAGAGUGAAAGAAGAGAAGGAAGCACCAAAACCUGAGCUCAAAGCAUUGCCCCCUAAUCUCAAGUAUGCAUACUUGGGUAGUGAUGAGAUCCAUCUUGUUAUUAUUAGCUCUGCCCUGAGCAAAGAACAGGAAGAAGAAUUGAUCAAAGUGCUACAAACUCAUCAAGAUGCCAUAGGAUGGACCCUAGCUGAUUUGAAGAGGAUAAAAGAUGCAUAUCAGAGGAAGAAGGAAGGGAAGUCUUAUGGGACUGCCAUGGCUCCACUUAUGGAGGACAUUUUGCAGGAGAAAGAACAGCAGCUAAGGUGUUGCAGUGUGGUUUUUAUUGGCCCACUAUCUUCAAAGAUGCAAAGGAACUAG